AGGAUUGGCAGAGUACAGCAAUGCUAGGACCAAGGAGCCUCUGCGAGAGUCUAUUCUAGCAAGUUUCAUCAAUGGGGCUAUUAACCAGCAGGGUCUUGAAAUGCAGGGAAUCCAGUCCAGUGGAGCCACAGCCAGAAGAAGUCACAGCUGGCCCCAGUUGCCUGUCUGGCAGUCGCAAGCGAAAACUGAGCACAUCGGAGAAUUUGGCACCAAGCUCUGACAUCCAUGGACCUCAAAACCAGGGUAUGAGUCUACAUAAAGUUCUCAACUACAUCUACAGGAAAAGGGCUAAGAUCUCAUCUAAUUAUGCUUACGAAAAUUUAUUUUUGAAUGGGAAUGACAGCGAUAUUAAAAUCCGUGCUCGCCGAAGAACAUGGUGUUUACACAAAGUAUUUUUGUGUCAGUCGGGCUACUUUGCUAACGUGCUCAAAGGUACCUGGAAAGAAUCACACAAUAUUGUUAUUAAACUGGUCAUUAAGAAUGAGGAUAUUGAUGCCAGAUCUCUGCACUUUGUGUUUGGUUCUUUGUACACGGACGAGGAUUUGUCACUAACACCUGUGGAAGUUCCUCAUGUUUUGGCGGCAGCAUGCCUGCUUCAGGUGGAUAGAGUAAUUUGGCAGUGUGAGGAGACCAUGAAGACAACCAUCAAUAGGAACACUGUAUGCUCCUAUUAUAUGGCAGCAGAAACCUACAGAUUAAAAGUUGUAAAGACCAGAUGCUUUGAAUGGCUUCUAUAUAAUUUGAUGAUACAUCCAAGUGUGGCACUUUACAGGGAAGUAGAUAUGAAGUUGAUGUAUCUUCUUGGGUCAUCUUCUGACUUAUUAGUGUUGCAAAAGGAGAUCGAUGUAUAUACCACACUGAAAACAUGGAUGUUCCUCCAUCUUAAUCCAUGCUGGAAUGGAACCAUGAUACAGCUUUUAGAUCAUACCAACAGCUGGCUUUCCAACUACAUGGAAUGUAUUGAUGACAACAGUUUUCUUGAAAGUGAAGAAGGACUAAUAUUUCAACCAGUGUUUAAAAAACUGAGGUUUCAGCACAUUAUCUGCGACUUGGCCUCCACAAGCAUCCUUGAACAAGAUCGUCUAAUACCUUUGGAAUGGUUGUCACCCAUUUAUAAACAACAGUGGCUGACUUUGAUGCAAGCACAAGAAUAUGGAGCAAUUGGACCACAAGCCAUCAAUGAAGAAGAACUUGAAGAGUGCACCAUGAGGUGCGGGAAAAUAAUCCCCAAAGAUGGUAGAUACACUUGGAAGUGGUUAGCUUGCAGAUUUGGCUUUCCUCUACGUGUCACCUUUAACAACCACUGUGUAAUAUUCAGGCAAAGGUGUCAGGAGUGUGAUGGUUCUGCCUGCAAAAACCAUAUCCGAAACGUCUUAUACAGAAUAACUUUGGUGUGUUUUGAUUCCAACGAGAAAGUAACAUUCAGGAAAACAACAGGUUAUAAAAUUCUUCCCUUUGAAUAUAAUGAGGAACAAAUUGUAAUGAAAUUGGAUAGUGAAGUUCUAACCUUCCCUUUGUAUAUAUUUGGCAAUUUCCUGUUCGUAAACCUAGCAAAUGCAGAAAACAAGUAAUCUUGUCAAUCAUUAGACCCUAUGAGCAUUUUGCAAACAUUGAACGGCUCAUUUAAUCUGAAGGCUGUGUCAUAAAUACAGUGAAGAAGACCAACAACAAAUUGAAAAUUCUUGCGAGUCUAAUACCACCACAAGUGACUGCUUCCCAUCAUCACCUUAUUUCCUUGUAUUUCUGAAGAAAACUUUUACCUCCAACCAAGUAUUUGUCAAACCAAUUCUAAUGAAGCUACUCUUCUGAUUUUCACUUACCACUAAGAGUCAAGCUUCAAAUGGGAAUAAGAGACUAUACUUGCAAGGAAAACAUCCCAAUGAACUUGUUAAUUAGAUUUGGCCCUAGCUAAUGUGGUGACAAAAUAAAAU